AUGCCUCCGAAGCAGCUGGGCCACGGGCAGCAAAUGGAGGCUGCUCGGGAGCUCCAGAAUAUGUACAAGAAAGGCAACCAGCAAACCCGUAGCAGUUCCUCUCGCAGCUCGUCUCGCCAAGCCGUUAGAGUCGGCAAUCGCUAUGCCGGAAAUGGAGCUGCAAACGGAUUUCGCCCCCAGGCCAGACAGCCGAUUCCUUUCAAAUUCGACCCGAGCGCCGCCGCCGAGGCUCAGGUUAAACCGAGCACUAUUGCCUGGCUUUCCUACCGCGAUGACCCGCCUAAGUCCUCCACUCCGGUACCUAGCCCUGCGAAUGUCAAGUCUGUCGGCAGCAUGCAGGAGAAUGCCAAACCUGGAGUUGGAUCGGUGAAUGUUCAGGCUCAUGCAUCCGUUGGUAGCCGUAAGCCCCAGCUGGCCAUUGAGCAAGAGAACGCCAUGGUCGGCAAUGGCAAGGCUCUUGCUCCCCCGUCUAUCACCAUCCCUGGUGUUUCUGGCAACCAGGUUGUCGUAACAAAGACGGUGAAGGGGCGUGAGGGUGAGGUCGGCGCUUCUGGCAAAGCUGAAGGAGAGCAGGAGAAGGAGACGGAGAAGGUGGAGGAUCAGGGCGAGGAGGAUGAAGAGCAGGAGGAGAUGUCAACCACCUCCAUCGUCAUCGAGGCGGAUCCCAAUGAUCCAACCAAGUACCAUAUUCCUCUCAUGGAGCAGUUCAAACUCCUUCAGCUUGGUUGGACCCCCCCUUCCAGCAAUUCCCUUGGCUCUCCCCUUCUGGGAGACUUUGGAGCCCAGCAGCCUGGUAAGAAGCAGAUGACACUUCUUGACUCGGAGGCUGCCAUGGCUAUCCAGCCUCGAGCGCUUGUCCAUCCUGGCUCACCAAGCCCUUCGCCUACUCCGAAGUUUAGAAAACUCAUUGACAUUAGCGACCAAGCGUCCGACGAGGAGGACCUCAUCCAGUUCCCCAGUGACGACGAGGAGGGAAAGGCCAAGCAACAGGCUUCGAAGCCGAGCGAUGAACUUCGUAGCCUGUCCAACGUUGCUGACCUCUGCAAGUGCAAGCACGUUUCCCGAACGGUUGAGGGCUUGGCCAAUUCCAAAUGGGCUCGUCCGGGAUACCAGCACCUAGGACACUUCCCCAAGAACACCGCUAUUCUCGGGCACGAGGACGGAUGCCCCGUUCGAGUCGAGUUUGCCAAGGCUCAUCCCCUCGACUGCGGUGCCAACCCGGCCACGUACCACGGCCAAGAUGCCGGUGUGAUUUACCUUCGCACCCCUGAUGACGGCGGCAGUGGUCCUCAGCCUCCUCUCAAGGCCUUCAACGCCGAGGCUGCCGACUUUAUUCCCCGGAAGAAAUGA